AUGGCGGAGAACUUCGGCUCCCCAGUCGAUAUGGCCAUCGCCAUUAUAGGGGCUAAUGGGAGGCUUGGGUCUUCAAUUGCACUACGCCUAGCACAAGACAGUGCCGUCACCGUUGGAUACUACAGAAACAGGCAAAAAGCUGAGGACGUCGUGGCGCACAUCAACGACUUCGGAUUAAAGGCCACGAUCGGGCAAGUCGAUGUCUCUGACGGUCUCUCUGUUGAAAAGUUCCUCGAGGAGGCGGCGAGAUACUGGGGCAGGCUGGAUACAGUGGUUAUGGCCUGCGGGGCGUCAAUCCCUAUCUGUCCGAUUGUCGAGGUACCAGACGAAACUUUCCGUCUGAUUGUGGAGACAGAAGUAGUGGGAGCUUUCAACAUUGUUAAGCGAGGCAUCAACAUCCUCCGACAACAGAAGGGCACCAACAGAUCCCUCCUUUUCCUCCUGAGCACUGCGGUGCUAAGGACUUUGGAAUACGACGGCUGCAGUGCUGUACCCAAAAUGGCAAUCUUGAAAUUGAUACAACAAACCACGAGGGAGAUUGGUUCUGAAGGAAUUCGACUCAAUGCAGUCGGAGUUGGUUCCUUCGCGGGGCUUGCAGAUCAACAGGAGGAUGAGGUUUCGAAGAGAUCGUACAUUGAUCAGCUUGUGGCCGCGUGUAGAUCCCCGGCAAAUCGAACUGGGGACCCCAAAGAGCUGGCAAGCGUGGUGGCCUUUCUGGUUUCUAAAGACGCAAGUUAUGUGAAUGGGCAAAUCCUUGGUGUCGAUGGAGGCCACAGUGCCUAG